UCUCCCUCCCCCAUCGUCACUAGCAGUGAAGCUCACCAGAAACACCCAAUGAAUAUGAGUGCGUCAGAAAACCCUAGCUCUCACAAGCGCGAGAGAAGAUCUUCAUCUUCUUCAGCCAAUCUGAUGCUAUUUGGCUUUCCAUUAAGCAAGAGUGCUCGUGAUGCUUCCAUUUCCUUCACCAAGAGAUUUAAAUGCCAUUUCUGUGAGCGAGAAUUCUCCAAUUCUCAAGCUCUCGGAGGCCACCAGAAUGCCCAUAAAAGAGAACGUCGACAAGCUACCCUAGCUCAUUUCGACAACCUUAGCCUCCAUCUUCUUCCUCUUCAUCCUCGACGCCUCCAGAUCACAUCAUCGUUACUUGCUUCGUCAGCACCAUCAGGACCGUCGACUCACCUGGUUCAUCAUCAUCAACAACAACAAGCUUUUUGGUCCGAGCCUGAGCUUUGGUAUGGAGUUCGAUCGGAUGACAGAGAGGCACGUGAUGAUGCUGAAAAAGAACUCUCGAGUGAAGGAUCAGUACAAAAUGGUGAUGAUGAUGUCGAUCUUAACUUGAGUUUAUAGCUUUUGAAUAAUUUGACAAGGACUUUCCAAAAUUAUAGUACUCCAAUCUGUCCCCCACCCUUGUUCUUAUCUCUUAAUUUAUAAAUAUCAGCAUUGGGUUGAUUUGUCCCAUCUCAAGCGAAAGUGCUACUUAUUAUAGAGCCAUUUAGGCUUG